CAUAAAAUUGGGUCACGAGAAUAAAACCCAGCAACUAAACAUACAAAGUACAGAGUAUUUAAAGUUGAAAACGCGAAGAAGAAGCGAGGAAAAGGCAAAGAAUAUGAUAAGUUAUUCUUCAUGUUGAUGACUGGAUGUAAAGUAAACUUUCGCCAGAUUCGUCAACUGUUUUCCUUAGAGAGGCAGUUCCUGGUUUACAAAAAGCGAGCAUCCAUGAAAGCUUAGGUGCUCCCUUUCUGAAAAUCAUCAUCACUUUCACCAGCAGCAGCUGGACUGUAAUUGUAGCAAUAUUAAGCCGGAGCUGAUCUGAAUGGAGGAGUACAUUAAGGAGAAUUACGGGGAGGUGAAGCCCAAUAACUCAUCUGUGGAGGCUCUGGAGAGAUGGAGAAAGCUCUGCUGGCUCGUCAAGAAUCGUAAGCGCAGGUUUCGAUUCACUGCCAAUCUCUCCAAGCGAUUUGAAGCUCGCGCUAUUCAGCGCUCUAAUAAGGAGAAGUUGAGACUUGCCAUCCUGGUUUCGAAGGCUGCACUUACCUUUGCUCAAGGUGCAAGUUACUCUUUACCGGAGGACGUCAAAGCUGCAGGUUUUCAGAUUUGCCCUGAUGAACUAGGUUCUAUUCCUGAGGGUCUUGAUUUGAAUAAGCUGAAAUUUCAUGGUGGGGUCAAUGGCAUUGCAGAAAAGCUCUCAACAUCCAUGGAUGAUGGGAUUUGUACUUCUGAUGAGGAUUUUCUUGGCAAAAGAAAAGAAAUAUAUGGAAUUAAUAAGUUUACUGAAAGCCCAGCCAAGGGAUUCUGGAUAUAUGUUUGGGAAGCACUUCAAGAUACAACUCUGAUGAUACUUGCUGUAUGUGCUUUUGUGUCUUUAGUUGUGGGUAUAUUGACAGAAGGAUGGCCAAAGGGGGCGCAUGAUGGACUUGGCAUUGUGGCUAGUAUCCUACUUGUGGUCUUUGUCACUGCCAUUAGUGAUUAUAAACAGUCUAUACAGUUUAAGGAUUUAGAUAAAGAAAAGAAGAAGAUUUCAGUUCAGGUUACUAGAAAUGGUCUAAGGCAAAAAAUCUCAAUUUACGAUAUACUCCCUGGUGAUAUUGUUCAUCUUGCCGUUGGGGAUCAAGUCCCGGCUGAUGGACUCUUUGUUUCAGGAUUUUCCUUAUUGAUAGAUGUAUCCAGCUUAACAGGAGAGAGUGAGCCAGUUAAUGUGACAGUUGGCAAGCCUUUUCUCCUUUCUGGAACUAAAGUCCGGGAUGGAUCUUGUAAAAUGCUUGUCACUACCGUUGGGAUGAGAACUCAAUGGGGAAAAUUGAUGGCUACUAUCAGUGAAGGAGGGGAUGAUGAGACCCCAUUGCAGGUUAAGCUGAACGCAGUAGCAACUAUUAUUGGCAAGAUUGGUCUGUUCUUUGCUGUUAUUACUUUUUCUGUUUUGGUGCAAGGUUUUUAUCUCCAGAAAUUGAGAGAAGGGUCCCACUGGCGAUGGUCGGGAGAUGAUGCUGUGGAAAUGCUGGAGUACUUUGCUAUUGCUGUUACAAUUGUUGUAGUUGCUGUUCCUGAAGGGCUUCCUUUGGCUGUCACCCUGAGUCUUGCAUUUGCUAUGAAGAAGAUGAUGAAUGAUAAAGCACUUGUCCGCCACUUGGCAGCGUGUGAGACAAUGGGAUCUGCCACCACUAUAUGUAGUGACAAGACAGGGACAUUAACAACCAAUCACAUGACUGUUGUAAAAGCUCACGUGUGUGGGAAGGUUAAAGAUAGUCAUAUGGAUGUUCCCACAUUUGGCUCUGAGAUUCCUGAGGAUGGGCUAAGUAUACUACUAGAAUCAAUAUUUAACAACACUGGGGGUGAAAUAGUUAAAAAUAAAGACGGGAAAACUGAAAUAUUGGGAACACCCACUGAGACUGCUCUGUUAGAGUUUGGUGGUUUGCUUGGAGGGGAUUUCCAGUCGGUUCGCCGAUCAUCAGAGAUCAUAAAAGUUGAACCUUUUAAUUCAGAGAAGAAACGGAUGGGUGUAGUCAUAAAAUCAAAAAAUGGAGACUUGCGUGCACACUGUAAAGGUGCGUCUGAGUUAAUAUUGGCAGGAUGCAAUAGCGCCUUAGGUCUAAAUGGUGAGGUUAUUUCAUUAGACGAAUCUUCGUUUGACAAUCUGAAAGGCACAAUCGAGAAAUUUGCUUGUGAAGCUCUUCGAACUAUUUGCCUAGCUUAUAAGGACAUAGGAAGUGACUUCUCCACUGAUCACCCUAUUCCUUUUGAGAAUUUAACUUUGAUAGGAAUUGUGGGUAUUAAAGAUCCUGUUCGUCCUGGAGUCAAGGAGUCUGUUGCUACUUGUAGGUCAGCUGGGAUUACUGUGAGGAUGGUUACAGGAGAUAAUAUAAACACUGCCAAAGCAAUAGCUAGAGAAUGUGGCAUCUUGACUGAUGAUGGAAUUGCAAUUGAAGGUCCGAGAUUCCAAGAAAUGAGUGAAGAUGAAUUGAUUGCAACCAUUCCAAAAUUACAGGUCAUGGCUCGUUCAUCACCUAUGGAUAAGCACACACUAGUGAAACUUUUGCGGACUACAUUCCAAGAAGUGGUUGCAGUGACUGGAGAUGGUACAAAUGAUGCUCCUGCCCUUCAUGAAGCUGAUAUUGGACUUGCUAUGGGCAUUGCAGGAACUGAGGUAGCAAAAGAGAGUGCUGAUGUCAUAAUUCUAGAUGAUAACUUCUCAACAAUUGUAACGGUUGCCAAAUGGGGACGCUCUGUAUAUGUGAAUAUCCAAAAAUUUGUCCAGUUCCAGCUGACAGUUAAUGUGGUCGCCCUAAUUGUCAACUUUACAUCAGCCUGUUUGACAGGGAUUGCUCCCCUCACUGCUGUUCAGCUUCUUUGGGUCAACAUGAUCAUGGACACACUUGGUGCACUUGCUCUGGCUACUGAACCUCCCACAGAUGACUUGAUGAAGUGCCAACCUGCUGGCAGGAAAGGGAAGUUCAUCAGCAGUGUAAUGUGGAGGAAUAUUUUUGGGCAGUCUUUAUAUCAGUUCAUUGUCAUAUGGCAUCUUCAGAGUUCCGGGAAAGCAAUCUUUCAUCUGGAUGGACCCCAUUCUGAUUUGGUUCUCAACACACUUAUUUUCAAUACGUUUGUCUUCUGCCAGGUUUUCAAUGAGAUCAGCUCAAGGGAUAUGGAAAAGGUCAAUGUCUUGAACGGCAUACUAAACAAUUACGUAUUUAUUGGUGUUAUUGGCUGCACGGUCCUCUUCCAAAUCAUAAUUGUUGAAUUCUUAGGAACCUUCGCAAACACCACUCCUCUUACCCUUCAACAAUGGCUUGCAACAGUUGCCCUUGGAUUCUUAGGCAUGCCCAUUGCUGCUCUGGUUAAGAUGAUACCUAUAUGAUCCAUUCUGUGUGAAGAUAUCUUAGCCAUGAAAGAGUGGGCAUGGCAUGUGUCUGGCGGUUAACCGAAGAACUUCUGGUUUGUCUUUCAUGUCCUCAGGAUUACAGCUGGGAAAUCUUCGUUUGAGUAGGUGUUUGAGAAGGCAUUAUAAUUGUUUUGCAGUCUUGCAGCAUUCUUGUUUUCGUUUUUUCUAUUUGAAGAACAAAAUCUUGCUGAUGGUAAUAUCUGCAAAACCAUUGAUUUUCUUAGCGAUCUUUCAUAGUUUGUCCUUUGUAUAACAGAACUCAUUGGCCAUGUCUUAGUGACUUGGUGAUACCCACACGUUAUAAAGUUUAAAAGGCUGUUUCAGUUAGUAAAAUGAGAGCAAAAUUUUGAACACA